AUGCUUGGCAACGGCAACGCCGGCAGUCCGCAGCAGUCGAGGACGACUCCGCCGGCCUUCACCCACUUGUCGUCCCUGUCUGCUGGUUCGUCGAGGGUGCUCCAGGCGGCCUCGGCCCGGCUCCUGGCGGGUGACCUGGGUGGGGGACCGAUUCUCGGCAACUUUGGCAGGACGGGCACUGCAAAAGGAUCGAUUGCUGUACAACGAGGGACCGAUUCCGUGAGGGCUGGGUAUCGAUUAGGCCGCUUGAGGGCCGGAUCUAUUGCUGUUUACCUCGUCUUAAAAUAA